AUGAGGGAAAAAGAAUUAGCCAAGGAAAAAAAAUGGGAAAUUAAAAAAAAGAGAGAAGAUGAUGUAAAAAAAGUAAUGCAUAUAAAGUAUGUGUUCUGUGUCAUAUUACUUUGUCUAAUUCAACUUUGUGGUAUAAUUAUUUCAGUUUUAGAUUUGAUAAAAUUUAUGGAGGAUUCUAGUAACUUUGUUGUAUCUAUUUUAAAGUAUCAAAAAUUUUAUACGCUAGAUUCAUACAUUUACGUUACCUUUUUUUUAAUAUUAUCAAGUUUAAUUUUAGCAUCGAUUAUUUACAUAAUGACAAAAAUUGUAAAAUAUGAACGUAUAAAAGCAAAUAGUAUUAAAAUGAAUUUUAAAGAAUAUUAUAUCUUCUGUAAAGAAGUGUUGACCAAAUAA